AUGGCCCACUUGGGGUUGGGUUCAAGAACCCACCUCUUUGGAUCACCAGCCAUCAUAGCUUAUACUCCAUCCAUCAAUAAAUUUAUUUUGCAAUCAGAGUCUAAUUUUAAACUCGAAUGGCCGUCGGUUCAAAUUGUAGGCACCAAUUCUCUGGUAGCAGUUGAAGGAGCAUCGCAUUCCAGGCUCAAAGGAUUUGUCUCAAGAGCCAUUAAUCAGCCUGAUGCUCUCCGUCGGGUGGCACUCAUGGUCCAACCUCGUGUCGCCGCGGCUUUCCAAUCGUGGUCUAGCAAGGGUAGAAUUAUAGCAUUCAAGGAAGCCAAGAAGGUAACAUUUGAAAACAUUGGCAAGUUUUUUGCCAGCUUUGAGCCUGGGCCUCUUCUGGAUAACCUUGAUGAUUUGUUUGAGGGGCUGCUGAAUGGGAUUAGAACUUAUCCUAUCAAUUUUCCUGAAUCUUCUUACCACUAUGCCGGCCAGUGUCGGAAGAAAGCUGUGGCCAUUUUUAGGGAGCAGAUGGAGAAGAAGAGAAAAAACAAACGGGAUGGUUCCGAGGCUACAAAUGACCUAAUGGAUGGGUUGAUGAACUUCAAGGAUGAUGAAGGGAAGAAUUUAAGUGAGAUUGAAGUGCUCGAUAACAUUGUUAGCCUUGUGGUCGCAGGCUAUAAAUCCGCCGCCCUUGGAAUAAUGUGGACUCUUCAUUAUCUUGCCAAGUACAACCAUGUUCUCCAAAAGCUUCGGGAAGAGAAUAUGCCCCUUAGGAAGACCAAGGAUGGGGAAUACAUAACAUAUAAAGACAUUUUAAAAUUGAAAUAUACAAUUAAGGUGGUGGAGGAAACGAUUAGGUUGGCUAGUGUUGCAGCAAUUGUUUUUCGCACAGCUAUCAAAGAUGUUGAGUACAAAGGAAGUGGCAAAGCCCGGAAAUACCAAGUUUUUGGAGGGGAAUCAAGAAUCUGUGCCAGAAACAUGCUUGCUCGAUUACAGCUUGCUAUCAUCUGGCUGUGGGAAACAAGUAAGAACCAUGUUAUUAGACAAUUUUCAAUGUUCGAAACUCUUGAGUAG